AUCAUACGCAGUCCUGUAUUAGCUUUACGAAGUGAUGAUGUUUUAUCUUGUGCGGACUGGCUUCAACGAGAUCAAGUAGUAUCAGCUUCAUGGGAUAGAAGUGCUACUAUUUGGCAGGUGGAAACUGGUGCUUCACUUCGUACACUAUAUGGACAUGAUGGUGAAUUAACUUAUGUUUCUUGUCAUCAAACAAAACCACUUGUGAUUACUUCUUCGCGUAAGUUCAAUCGGUUCAUUGAUUUCAAUUAUAUUUUGCUUAAUAAAUUAUAA